AUGUCCGAACUGGCGCGUAACAUCCUCUUGGACACGGUGCUCUUCCUUUUAAUGGCAAGCCCCACUGUACGCGGCGAAGACGUGCCGCAUUCAAUCCUUAUCUCCUGUCUCGGCCUGACCAUAGCGACCAAGAUCGUGCACUUACUCGGCAGCAGUCGUGUGGUACACACUGCCGAGACCGCACGUACUUGGUCCGCCGUCCGCAAGCUGAGCACCCUCCUCUUCGCCCUCGUCUUCUGGGACCUGGCAGCACUUUACAUCUACGUCCCAAGAGCCAGCAAAAGAAGCACUUUCUACGCUUGGAUACUCUUCGAAUUUUGCGGAUUCCUUUGCUCCGCAGUCUGUAGUUUGUUGAAGUUGGUUGUGCUGUGUGUGGAUAUGUCGUUGGAGGGAGACUUAUCGGAGGCCUUCGACGCAUCUCCGUUGGCGGCGAAUGUCUCGGGUCAAUCGCCGUUUGCAAGGUCGCCGGCGGUCUCGCCCGCCGGGGGUUCGCCGGCCGUCUCGGGCUCGCCCACAAUGGCGGUUCCAAGCAUGGCGCCGGCGGGAGGUGCGACGGAGACGAGUACAGGAACCGAGCCGCAACCGGCGGCGCAGCUGGGAGGCUGGCCGUUCAAGACGGAGCACUACAUGUUGAUUGACACGAUGAAAGAGUUGGUGGACUUGUUCAUCUACGUGGGCUUCUUGUUCGUGUUUUGUAUUUCAAAUCCUGCGCGAUUGCCAUUGUAUUUGGCGACGGAUUUGUUGCAGGUGAGUCGAAGUCUGUACACGCGUGUUCACAGCUUCCGUCAGUACCGCAGGUUGAUCGAGGUGCUGCAAGACGCAGAUCAAUUCCCCAAUGCAAACCCCACUCUGAUAGCGGAACGCGAGACCUGCAUCAUCUGCAGAGACCUGCUUACACCCAACAGCAAGACCCUGCCUUGUGGUCACGUGCUGCAC